ACGACGCCAAUCACAAACUAGUAUGCGAUCUGCCACAAUUUCUGCAACUACUGUAUCGAGUAACGCGUUAACAACCAAACUAAUCGAAUCGCAAACGACUCGGAUAAGUUGUUUCUAAAAGAUGAACGAUCAACUAGUGAAUAUUAAAUUAGUGGAAGAAAUACAAAGGCAUCCUAUGCUGUAUAACCCAAGACAUCCAGAACACUCGGAAAGAAAGGAUGCUUGGAAUGUGGUUUCGAAAAAAGUGAAUAUGCCAGUUUCACAAUGUAAGGCGAGGUGGAAGAACCUACGUGUGGUCUUUGCGCGACACAUGAAACCUAAAAAGAACGGAAGGCCGAGAAAGGCAUAUUAUCUUCAGGAGGCAUUGCAGUUUGCCGUGCCAUAUAUGAAGAUACAGACGGGGACAGCAAGCCAAAUAUCCAAACCACCAGAGCAAGAAGAAGAAGACCACGUGAAAUUUGAGGAAUAUGAAUUGGAAUUAUCUGCAUCUUCCCGACAGACAACGCCGUCUCCAUCGCCGUCACCACCAUCUCCACAUUCAGCUCCAACUAUAAAUGCAUCUCAAAAACUGCCUCAGUCCUUAAAUAUAACUCAAACCAAGCGUGUCUCGCUGAACGACAGGGUAGAAAAUACGUUCACGGAAUACAGCAGUCAAGGUGCGGAACCCACAAGCAGCUCUUUAGAACCGGCAGACCAGGAUCUAAAAGCGGAAGGGUUAAGAAUGUUUCUUCUCAGUAUGCUACCAGAUCUUCUGAAAAUGUCCGAUGGUCAGGUGCGACAAUUUAAGCGCAAAGCUCUGGAUGCUAUUGAUGACAUCCUGUCAACACGACCCACGGAUCGUUCGCGACAGUCAUUCCCUUGCCAAUAUACAACACGCUCACCAGCGGAGCGUCAUCCGGAAGUGAUUGAUGAGGCACUUUUUGGAGUUUAGCCAGAGAACUGUAGAUUCCUAACGGUUUUCUUGGUUUCCUCUAUCUAGGCUAAUGUUUUGUACAAAAAAG